UCGAACCAUUAUCAGCACUACACCUGUUUAAAUUCAACAUGGAACCAAAACUUCUUUUUAACUUCGCCGAAUUUGGGCGUAUACAAAACAAUUUAAUGAUAUAUUGCGUGCGUUUCAGAGUGCAGUGCAGCCAUACAUUCAAACUUGAUGCCAAAAGGGACACUUGAUUCCAACUAAGAACAGUUUUAUGUUUUUCUUGUUUGAAAAUUACCAAAAGAGUCCGUACAAAUGUAUCUUUACCAGAUAGUAUAGCGUAUAUCCCAACAGUUUGCCAUGCACAGAGUGUAUAACUGAUGUUUUACCCGAAGACAAUUGUAAACCGUUGCCAAGUUCUUUCUAAGGAGUAGGCAUGCCGAAACGGAUAACAUUUUAUAUGCCUAUGCUAAGUUUAGAGAUAAAGAGCGACACGCUUUGCCAGUUUAUGAUGAAUCUUUUUAUGGGCAACAUCCACGUGCCAAUGCUUCUGUUGUCUGUAAAAACACCAACACGAUUGAUUUUUCAUUUUCCAACAGAGCCAGCAAUGAUGCUUCAUUCCACUUGGGCGUUGAUGUUGCUGAUGUGUGCUGUAUCGGCAUCGACAUCGGAUGAGCGCGUUCCUUAUGAAAAUACCAACGUUCCAGAACACUUGUGGCACGGAGACAUGCUUCCGAAUCCCGUAAGAGCUGGUCAUAAAUUGAGAAAGUGGCCAAACGGAAUAGUUCACUAUAUAUAUGAUCCCUCUAUUGCAAAUGAGCCUCAAGCUGUUAAAGUGAUCGAGGAAGUCAUGGCAUACUAUGAGCGAGUGACUUGCAUCAAGUUUAGAAAAAGGACAAACCAGAGAUGUUUUCUCCAGUUUACCAGAAGGAACGACCAAGCCGGCUGCUCAUCUAACGUUGGAAUGAUCUGCUGGCCAGGAGGGCAACAUCUUAAUCUGGCAAAAGGUUGUUGGGGAAAAGGUGUCGUCAUUCAUGAGAUAGCACACGCCCUUGGGUUUUUACAUGAACAGGACAGACCGGAUCGUGAUCAGUAUGUUACAAUCCACAAGGAAAACCUACAAGAUGGUUGGAAAACCGUGUUAGAUAAACCCAAGGACACGUGGAAUUACGACACUAGUGGAACUCCUUAUGACUACAUGAGUAUCAUGCAUUAUACACAGACUGCUUUUGCUAAAAGAGACCGAAAUGGCAGACUAUUGACAACGAUUGAAAUAAAGGACAAGUCUUUUAAGGGCUCAACUGGGAACAAACACGACUUCAGUAAGUGGGAUAUCGAGGAGAUUAACAGGUUCUACCAAUGCCAAGGGAAACCGACGCCAACGAAGAAGCCAUGUGAAGACAAGAACGACAGAUGCGGCUCUUGGGAAAGUUACUGCAGCUGGCACGCGUAUAUGAAAGAGAACUGCAAAAAGACCUGUAAACUGUGUUGAAUCCUUCAACGGUGAGGUCAGAUGCAUCUUGACACCAGCGGGAGUUACAUUGCACAUGUAAAUCAUGUCAGUAGAAUAAAGAUUUUAUUAACCAGCAGUCCUCCGUAGACUGAACUGUUCUCCCCCUGAACCAAUUCAGAUCUACAAACUGAACUUAAAGAUACCAAAGUGCCUACGAAUGGAUGUUUAGCGCGGCGAGCAGACGUAAAUGUCUUGUUUACGCAAUGAAACCCAUCACAAUAAACUCUGAGCUUGCAUCGAGAUGCUUGUCCGGGCGUAAGGGAGAGUUUGUUUAAUCAGUCUAACACAGAUCUUAAGGAAUAAAAACCCAGAUGACCUGGAACACUUGUCUGAGUGUGUCGUUGGCAGUGGGAGCCACGUGCAGUAUUAUCAUGCUCGGCAAUUGAAGUUAUUGUGUAGAAAAUAUCCCACAAUUACACAGCCGA